GAACUGAAUGAAAUUUUCAGUUAUCAUAGAUUGAUGCAUUCUGAAACAAAUAUAAAAUAAUCUUACUUGGAUGACCUGAAAUUAAAGCAUAUAAUUAGUUAGUUACCCAAUUGUAGCUAAUUUCAAACUUCAAUUACUAGAUCUAAACAUCUAUCCAUUUCUUAAUAAAUGAUUAACAUUUUUAAAUAGCCCAAGUGUCCAAAUAAUAUUCACAAAUAAUUCACUAUAAAACAUGAUUUUUAAAUCUCAUUUACAUCAAUUUAUAGGCCAAAUGGAAGGAAUUUAGUGUUCAAUUGCUGUAAAUUAAAGUCAAUUUAAAUUGGCUUUCUAGUGGGUUCCUGUGAACGCGCUGGUUUAGAACGUUCACAUUGCGCUGGAUUUGUGCCCUCAAGUGCCCAGAAAAAUACUGCGGGAUAUAAAGAGCCCAAAAUGAACUAUUCGCUAUAGAAAACUUUAUAUACAGGGUUAUAAACAAGCCCCAUUUAAUGUAAAAAUAAGGUACAUACCUUUAAUUGUUUGCUUUAUAAAACCCUGGGGCUGCGAGAGGUUGCGGGUUGAGAGAGUGAUUUUUAAACUACUAUAACUAUUAUACAAGGCCAUAAAAACUAAUAAUACCUUUUGCGACGGGGUCUUUCAGCGAUUUUCCGUUAAUGAUUUACUAGGCUGAACAUUUUCAAUUGCAACAGCCUAGUAAAAAUCGCGUUUUAAACCCGCCCCCUCUAAACAGCGCCAAAAUCACACACACGGGGUGGGGCAGAUGCUCAGCCACGAUUCAGGUAGCUUUUGUAACAUACCUACUAUAUAGAAGAAGAAGGCCCUUAACCAUCUUGUUUUCCCGGCCACAGCAGGCGGUGCUGCCGAGAUCGAGCUUUCCGCCCGUGUGCGGGAGGCCCCCACAUAUUCCAUGUCUGGAACGGCGCAGACGGGUCAACCGGAGCCGGCCGGCGGAGACACGGAGAGCGAAAGGCCAGCGGACCACAGUGGGAGCGGUCCCCUGAAUUCCCAAUCCAAGGAGUUGUUUCCGGAUCAGGAUAGGCGAUUUGAGUUCUGCGGGCAUGUCUUGAAGAUCACGCAACAGCUGAGCAAGUUUGCGAUACCAGCGAUAGUCUGGCAGUCGGGCAUCGUUCUGUGCCGUUACUUUGAGGAAGAGCGCAUCACGUUCAUUGGGCAGAAGGUGAUCGAGCUGGGUUCUGGUACUGGCAUAGUGGGCAUCCUUGCCAUCCUCCUGGGGGGAGAGGUGACCUUGACCGACAAGCCCGAGGUUCUGGGUCAGAUCGAGCGCAACGUGGCCAGAAACGUAUCGCCUUCCAUGAUCCCUCGCCCCAAGGUGGCCGCGCUGUCUUGGGGCGAGGACGAGGAUCAGUUCCCCAGGGACUACGACAUCAUCCUGGGCUCCGACAUCGUCUACUGGCCACGCUCCUUCCUCCAGCUACUGAAGACUCUCAAGCACCUGAGCGAUCGGCGGACCGUCAUCUACCUCAGCUCCAUCAUGAGCGAGAAGAUGGGGGCCGUGGAAUUCUACGCCACCCUCCUGCCCGAGCUCUUCCAUUGCGAGCUGGUCUACCAGACCCCAAACCUCGAGGUCAACAUCUACAGGGUCACCAGGAAAAGCUCCACCUACUAAAGGGCGAGGACUGCGGAGACAGGCCCUUCGGCCCGACUCGCCCCUGCUGGCCGACACACUCCAGGGAACGAAAAAGAAGCCGCAACCUCUCACUCCUUAUCAACCGUGGCUCUUGGGAAGAACUGUCCAACCAAUAAAUUAUAUGCUUAAUAUGCAUUGCCCAAUAAUAAUACAAAAAGUUCGGAAAUGAAAGUUCCCCUGACGUCUUUGGGUUUGCACAGGUGUUUUCUUUGAAUUAUAUGUGAUCUAUAGUCCCAAAUAAAGUUGGUAAUAUUAGAGUCUAGUCUUUUGAAAAAUAAAUUGGUAUAUAUAAUGGUAUAGAUUGAAAUAGGUAUAAUAUUUGUGGUAAAAAAAAAAAUCAUUUUUAUAGCGUUUAUUCUGCCUAUUAACAACAACGGGAGUGUUUUUCCAGAAUUUAAUCAACGCGUUCAGUUUAUUUAAUAACGGCAUAAAAUUAGCAUUAACCAUAUAACAAUUACAGCACGGAAACAGGCCAUCUCGGCCCUACAAGUCAAUGCCGAACAAUUUUUUUUCCCCUUAGUCCCACCUGCCUGCACUCGUACCAUAACCCUCCAUUCCCUUCUCAUCCAUAUGCCUAUCCAAUUUAUUUUUAAAUGAUACCAAUGAACCUGCCUCCACCACUUCCACUGGGAGCUCAUUCCACACCGCCACCACUCUCUGAGUAAAGAAGUUCCCCCUCAUAUUACCCCUAAACUUCUGUCCCUUAAUUCUGAAGUCAUGUCCUCUUGUUUGAAUCUUCCCUAUUCUCAAAGGGAAAAGCUUGUCCACAUCAACUCUGUCUAUCCCUCUCAUCAUUUUAAAGACCUCUAUCAGGUCCCCCCUUAACCUUCUGCGCUCCAGAGAAUAAAGACCUAACUUAUUCAACCUAUCUCUGUAACUUAGUUGUUGAAACCCAGGCAACAUUCUAGUAAAUCUCCUCUGUACUCUCUCUAUUUUGUUGACAUCCUUCCUAUAAUUUGGCGCUGAUUAUAAUAAUACAAAUGAUUUGUAUUAUUAUGUUAAUCUGUAGUUGGAUCUUUGGCAUUAUCUAACUCUAAUUGUCUAAUUUCCUGUUCUAACAUCAGUUGUUCUGUCUUAUUCUUUUUAUUUUGGAAAAUUUGGUAUGAGAUUAUAACUCCUCUAAUAAAUGCCUUGGAAGUUUCCCAUAAUAAAGAAGGUGAAAUAAAUACCUGGUGUCUCAUUUGUCUCAAAAAACAUUUUAUUUGUUGUUUUAGAUAUU